AUAAAUUAUUAGAUGGGUCUCUUGUCCAUUUCUUGAUAGAUAUGGACGUAGAUAUGGACGUCACCAGAGGUCAAUUCAAUACAGAAGUGCGACAAUUUGUUGUUUGACGCCCCAUUGCGUCAAUGUGCUGCAGGCUGUCGUCCCAAUUUCUGUGAAGGUCUACACAUAUACUCGUACACCAAAGAAGCAUAUGGGAGCUUGUGAGGGAUGGAGGAUCCAUAGAUGCCGAUUCCGAAACUGGAUUUCAACACAUGCAUUGACCGAUCAGUCUGAACGCAGAAGAAGCAGACAUUCCAUGCAGCAGAGUGGUGUUGAUCCCUGGAUAAAGAGACCAGCAGCAGAUCAUCUUGUCGAUGGAAACAUAACGAGAGAACGAGCUACAGCAAAGACCUCAGAUCCAGAUAUCAAGAGCAAUGGCGGCCUCUGGAAAAGCUGGGCCCGCUGGAUCAAAGACAAUGAGUACAGAUGAGAGCGGGCUACAACUGCUGGCGCGAAUGGAGCAGGAUGUCGUUGGCAAAUGUGCCAAGCUUGGAAGAGAGCAUCUUUUGGUGGCCAAGGCGUUCGAAGCCCUGGCCCUCAAAUACAACGGGGUGGCGAUGCGCCUCACAGAGGAGGGCCAGUUCCAGACAGCGCAUGCACUGCUGACGAAAGCGGAGCUGCUAUCUCAGCAGGCAGCCCCCCCCGAGCGGGCGGCCUCCCAGGCCAAGCUACUGGGGGUAACCGUCAGCAACUUUGGCUGCUUCUACCAGAAGACCGGGGAUCCCUACCGGGCGCUUCAAUACCUGGAGAAAGCGCUGGCCAUUGAAAGCGUACCGGGCAGUAUGGGCAACCCGGCAGGAACCCUCCUCAACAUCUGUGCAGUGCUCAGCUCAUUGGGGCGCCAUGAGAAGGCGCUCGAGCACGCACAGCGUGCUAUCCGCCUCUUGACGGUCGACUGCGCCGCGCUCGUUACGAACGCACGAAGCACUCCGGCCGUGACUACACAACACCCCUCAUCGAAUGGCCAAGACGCUUCACACGGAAAUUCGUCAUCAGACGGCUCAAAAAGCCCCGCAUACGACACCCCUUCGAACGCCCCAGCAGGGCCGUCAGAAGAGGAAGGCGCGGUUGGAGCGGCGGCAGAAGCUGCUGACGUCAGCGGCCGUGUGCGCGAUGACGUCAGCGGAGAGAGGCGCACUUCGCAGGGGCGGGCGGGGGUGCUGGCGGUGGCGUAUCACAGCCUGGCUGUGCAGCAGGAGUUCCUGCACGCGCUUGAAGACGCCCACGUGUCCUACCGCCAGGCCGUCCACGUGGCAGACUCCUGCUGGGGCCCUGGCCACGGGAUGACGCAGACGUUGCGCGCCAGCCUGCUAGACUUUGCGAAGAAGCAGCGAACAGACUCUUCCGGCGGAAAGCAGCACCGGAAUGGAACUUCUCGCAAGCAGAACGGGGCGGCGGAGCUGUCACGAAGCACUCCCCCAAGCACAGGCCCCGUCUCGAGGUCGCCCCAAAAGAGUGACGCGGAAAAGAGGCACUGGGAAUCGAUCCCCCCCAGCCCACGGGGCCUCCGAAUUCAGCGGUGGUUGGCCGACGAGAAGCGCCGGGGUUCAAGCAAAGCCUCCGGAAGGCCCCGCAAGUCAACGCGCGCGCACGCGCCCAUGGGGCCGCGUCCGGGGAAUUACCCCGGGCGGUGGUCGAAGAACCCGGUUGGCCAACGGGGGCUUCUGGUGGAACGAUGGGCGAAUCACAGGGGCCUUGCGACGACGCCACAUUCAAGACCGUUGAACGGAUGUCCGGCAACGGUAGCAGCAGUCCGCAGGAGCGUUCCGGCGGACACCGGAAGCAACAGAAGGCUGCCGACCAGUCGCGACUCGGAGGCGGAAGCAGCGGCUUUGUUUCCAGUGGAAGACAAGGCGUCUCAGCAGGCACUAGGGAGGGCGCACAUGCGAGAUGUAGAAGCGCUCGGUCUGGAGUCAUUGGGUUCGUCGUUUAUGGGUGAUGAUGCGGAGGGGGGUGAAGGAGAUUCAGAGGAUGAGAACGGAAGCUUGGAAGCUAUGGACGGAGACACGAGGCCUGCGAGGCCUGGGACAGCGCCAGCAUUGGAAUCGCGGUCGCGGGAAUCAUUCUGUGCCAAGGGACUUACGGUGCAGACCGUUAACGAUUCUCAAGAGGGACAACGUGCGCUGAUCACGUCUGGGGCAUCAAAUUUGCUAAGGCGGCCCAAGACGGCACCCUCGGGGGAAGCCUCGAGGAAUGUGACGAGAGUUAGUCAAGAAACCGUCGCAUGUACUUGGGGCGGCUCAGAUGAGAGAGGCACCAGACGCGGCAAAGUGAGGUCGCUCAACGCCUUACAGCUGCCGAAAGGGCGGAGCAAAAGCGGGCGGGAUGAGUUCCCGAGUGCUCGGUCUCCAAGCGCUCCAGCGUUGCAGAAGUAUCUAGGGAGUGCAAAACCGGAGAGCAUCUUUGACUCUCGUCCAAAGGGGCCACCGGUGAAGGAUAACGACUACGCUUCCAUAAUCAGGAACAUGGCAACGCUUGUGAUGAAUUUCGACGGAAGUUAAGCAAUGCUUUCAUGACUUGCACUCCUGGCGCCGCCUGCAAGGUCUGCCCAAACCUUCUUGCAGUCCGGUCCGG